AAACACAUUCUAAACGCUCAAGUCUCCAUUCGAGCGCCCUGCUGCAAGAAAUGGUUCGACUGUGCUGAGUGCCACGCUGAAUCCGAGACGCAUCCACUGGUACGGACAACCGAGAUGGCCUUCAUAUGCAAAAAGUGCAAGAAGGCUUUCCGUAAGGACAUGGCGAAUUACGAGGAGAGCGACGAGUAUUGUCCGCAUUGUGAUAACCAUUAUGUCAUUGAAGCAAAGACGCCGCAAGCUAUCGUCGGUGUAGAAGGUGAUGAUGCUAGGGUGGAUGCUAGAAUGUUAAAAGACGAUCGGGUGAAGGAGACCAAGAAACGGACCAUCUUUUCCCGGGACGACUUCGAGGAUCGGCUGGGAUGA